CCAGCAUCUAGAAAGCUGAAAAACAAAGAAAACCCCCAGAAUGGAAGGAGGAAACAGCCCCAGCCUGCAGCUGCAGCAGCUCCCGUUGGCCACGGCAGCAGUGUCUGUGCAGCCACACACAGACUCCUUCUCCUACAAGGAGAACUUGAUUGGGGCACUCCUGGCUAUUUUUGGGCACCUUGUCAGCAGCAUUGCCCUCAACCUGCAGAAAUACAGCCACAUCAGGCUGGCAGGCUCCAAGGACCCCCGGGCCUACUUCAGAACCAAGACCUGGUGGAGUGGGUUCGUGCUGCUGCUGCUGGGGGAGCUGGGGGUGUUCUGCUCCUACGCCUUCGCUCCGCUCUCGCUGAUUGUGCCCCUCAGUGCCGUGUCUGUAGUGGCUAGUGCAAUCAUAGGAAUUAUAUUUAUUAAAGAAAAAUGGAAGCCCAAGGAAUUCUUGAGGCGCUACGUGCUGUCCUUCGUGGGCUGUGGCCUGGCAGUUGUUGGCACUUACCUGCUGGUGACAUUUGGACCCAACAGCCACGAGAAGAUGACAGCAGAAAACAUCACCAGGCAUUUAGUGAGCUGGCCAUUCCUGCUCUACAUGCUUGUGGAGAUCAUUGUGUUCUGUCUGCUCCUGUAUUUUUACAAGGAGAGAAAUGCAAACUACAUUGUCAUUAUUCUUCUGCUGGUGGCUUUGCUGGGUUCCAUGACGGUGGUGACAGUGAAGGCAGUGGCUGGGAUGAUCCUGGUGUCCAUCCAGGGCACCCUGCAGUUGGACUCCCCCAUCUUCUACAUCAUGUUGGUGUGCAUGGCUGCCACUGCCAUCUACCAGGCCACGUUUUUAGCUCAGGCCUCCCAGCUCUAUGACUCAGCUCAGAUCUCCAGCAUUGGCUACAUCCUCUCCACCACAGCAGCAAUCUCAGCAGGAGCAACUUUUUACCUGGACUUCAUGGGUGAAGAUGUUCUCCACAUUUGUAUGUUUGCACUGGGGUGCCUCAUAGCAUUCCUGGGAGUGUUCCUGAUCACCAGGAAUAGGAAGAAGCCUGUCCCCUUCGAGCCCUACAUCUCAAUGGAUGCCAUGCCAGGCAUGCAGAACAUGCACGACAAAGGGAUUGCAGUGCAGCCUGACCUCAAAGCCUCCUUCUCCUACGGCGCCCUGGAGAACAACGACAGCAUGCCAGAGAUCUACACCCCAGCCACGCUGCCCAUCGUGCAGGAGCAGCACGGGCCCAGGGGCGGCCCUGCCCCUCCCUACAGGGUGCUGGAGCACAGCAAGAAGGAGUGAGUGACCUUCAAGGACUCAGCACUUGGACCUUUCCUUAUUUACCUGUUCAAAUAGAAGCGAGCGUAAAGCCGACCUUGAGAGGAGUUUUAAGCUCGUCUCGAGCUGAACUUUCCAGGCUGAUUAUUAAAAUCAACAACUUUUGCUAGGUGGGAAGUUGAAAGCACUUGGCAGGAAGCAGCUCCCAGUUCUGCAUGGCAUUGCACUGGGAGUGUGCAGUGAUGGAACUGAUGGCAGAGGAGAUGCUGUGCCAGUGACUGUGCAGUUUGCAGCCCUGCUGGGAGUGCUUUCAUCUCCAGACAAGUUUGCAGGAGCUGCUCACAGAGAGGGGAGGACAGGAUUUCAUCUUUGCUUUACAGGGACUGUGACAGAUUUCCAGGAAGGCUCCAAGUCCUGGUGUGACCAUGGAGCUCCCCUGACACAGCAAUAAAUGGAAUUGUUUGGAAGCACCACCACUGGAACUCGCUGUGUCUUUAGAGCAGCAGGACUGGUGAGAGUGAGCAUUUAUCCCCUCAAAACACCAAUUCUGGGCACUUCUGUUCUGGUGUUGAACACAAGCACUGAGGAUGGGGGUUGUUUUUAGAGCACCACUGGAUUAUAUGGCUUACAACAAAGAUUAUUUGCCAGUUUUCUGAUUUCAUAGCAGGAGCUUCAAGUUGGAUUAAAUGGUGCAGAGGGAGCACUAUAAAGGAUGAGGACAAGGAGAAAUGAGAAUGAUGUGACUGUAUCUGUUGGGAAUUGAUGUAAUUUUGGACAAAAUCUGAAUUCUUUAUCAUGUUUAUUUAUUUUCUUUCUGAUUGAGACAGGAUUUCCAAUUUUAGUAGUCCCAACUCUUAAAGGUGUUGAAGUUCCUUAGUUAAAAGCUCAGUUUAGGUGAUGUAAGCUGGGGUCCUCCCCCUUUUUCUUUCUUUUUAAAAAAAGGAAAACCAAUACUUGUCUACUACUGUGGAUGACCCAAGGAGAGAAGUUGCCCAGCACUCACUGAGGCCCGUGAGGAUAAUGGAGCUUUGUGUACUUUGAUAUUUAUCUUCCCAGCUUCCAGGAGAUGGCCAGGAGCUGAUACUGAGGGAGAAUGGACCCGGGGGGACAAUGGGGAACUGUCACUUGAGGAGAAAGUACAACAUUCACUGCUUAUCCUGCACUUUGAUAGCACUGGCUGCUCUAAAAUUGGGGGUUUUUUUCUGAGAAACUGAAUUUUAAGUCCACUCAGUGUGGUCUGGGCUGUCUGCACAGUGGAGUCUCCAGAUCCCUGGAACUUUAUUUGGAAGGAAUAGUGCUCAUGUUCUGUGUAUAUUUAAGUGAUUCCCCCAUACCAGGCAGUUUGGGAUUAUCUUAGAUUUGGAAUAGUGGCUUUCUGCAUUUAUUUAUUUUUAUUUUUAUUUGUUAAAUUGACUCAUGGCCAGUUUCUGUUCCCACUGCCAGAAAUUCCCAACAACUCCCCUGACCUGCACAUGAUUAUUCCAGGUUCUUGUUGUUGUAAAUGACAACAGAACUGUUCCUUUGCAUUUGUUUGCUUUGCCAGACUGAUUCAAUCUGGGCAUGCUUUGGAUUGCUCUGGCAUUUUUGUGCAGCUUAGAGAAAUAACCUUCCCCUGCCAGGGGAGGUGCCCUGGGGCUGUACCCGGGUUCCUUCACCAGCUGGGCACAGUUCAGAUCUUAUCAGUGGCAUCCCCUGCACUGCAACUUGGGAAACCUCAAGAAAUGACAGCUUUGCUUUCACCCUCAAUCCUUGAUUUGUGAUUAAGCAAGAUAAGGAUGUUAAUGGGCUCCUGCUGCCAGAGCAUUCAUCUGCUGGGGUGCAGUGACACUGAUUGAGUGCCUUUGGAUGUGGCCAUGGAUUGUUGGUGAAUUUAUGGGCAGCUUUUGUUCAUUAACAAUGCACAAUGAGGCUGCAUGGGAAGGGCACAGGAAUGCUGCCUUUCCUUAUCUCUUCCCAUUUCAUCAACCUGUUGUGACCCGUUGGUUCUGCAGCCACAGAACACAGUGUCUGAAAACAAGCUGUGCCACCACACACUUGUUCCAUGGCAAUAUUCUCUGUGCUUAAUUGAGUGGUGGGAAAUAAUUCAGAAGGGCCUAAAUGGCUGCUGACACCCAGAUCAGUGAUGGUCCCAGCUCUCAGCAGUGAUUAAACCCAGCACAGACUUGGCAGCCCUGGAUUUGGGGUUGGGUUUUCCUCCUCAGCACAGCCCUGAGAGAUGGACACAGAGCCAGGGGACAGAGCUGUGGCUGUGCCUCCUGUUCAGGGCUGGUUUUGCUGUAAACUCCCCAAUUCUCCUGAGCCCUUGUUCCCUUCACAGAGCCCUCAGCCCUUCUCUGAGUGAAACUGCUCCCAGCCACGAGCUGAGCUUUUGUGCUAUUGUGUGGCUUUGGCCCUUUCUUUGCAAAGAUUCUAAAUCCAAAGCUUUACAUAACCAUGUUUUAUUUACACAGGCUCUGUGUGCUCAAAUAAUUCUACUUAAUAAUGACAGUUCCCUUUACCUGCAGCCACAGGGAAAUCUUCCUUUGUUUGCUUCUGGAAACUUCCCUGCCAAAGGCCUCCACUGGAGGUGGUGUCUGUUUCUCCAGCACAUCAAUCACAAUAUUUCUGAUCACUGUGCCACAGCAGUGGAGCCUGGGCUGUUCCUUGGCCAUGGGCCUCAGCUCCAUCACUGAUGUAGGGGUAGGACUGAGGGGCUGCACCUCACUCCUCUUUGCUGCUGCUGUUCAACACUGGAAUCUCAAAAUAAGGUUGAUUUUGUUUGUUUGGGUUUUUUUUUUUUUAUUUUAUGCAUAUUCCUCUUUCUUGCUUUUUCUCCCAGUUUUCCAAAAACUGUUAUUUUCUGCUCUUCAGCCUAAGAAAAGGCAUGAGCAGGGCCCAGAGAAACCAAGUGUGUUGUUUAAACUUGACUGAAGGACUUCUGUGCUCUUUCAGGAGUGAAUUAAACUCCUCACCUCCCUUCUAGUCCAGAGAAGCUGCAACAGGAAGGGUUUUGCACCCUCACACUGAGCUUUUCACAGAAUAUUUGUCAGUCUGAGGUGACAGUGGCCAUGCCUGGGACUGCAGCAAAUAUUUACAGCAGAGCAGCACAGCAAGGUUUAAAGGAGAGGAGCCCUGUGCCACAUUCCAGGGUGAAAAAUUCUUUAGGUGUUGUCCAGCACACUCUGAUCUGUGAAUGUCAGCACUGCAGGGUUCAUGCAGGACCCUGCACGUGGCACAGCACCCCCAGACUCCAAAUGGAAGGGAUUUCUCAGCACCUGGAGAAAUCCUUGGGUUCCUUGGGUUCAUCCCUGCCUUCCUUACCAGUGAGCUGACAUCUCUGGCCAGAGCACUUCAAACAUCCUCAGUGUGUUUUAUGUGUAACUGCACUCUGUGGAGCACAGCUGAAUGUAUAAAAUGAUCUGCCUCCAACGUUCUCCUGUCACUUUAAAAUGUGUAAAUAAAUCAAGCUUUACACUCUUGCACUGUAAAGGAUAACUGCUUCAUUUUUCACAGGCAGUGUUGCAUGUCUGUUUAAUUCUGUUUGUCUUUCAGGUGAGACAAAUGAAACCAAACUUUGAAUAAAUGAUUGUGGUAAAACCUA